AUGGAGUUUCUAGCGUGCGCGAUUGCUCUUGUGUUCUUCAUCUAUGUUCUUGUAUGGGGAAUUCCAGGUGGAGGGCACCGCCGUCUCAACUUGCCAGUAUCACCCAGUGGGUCUCUUCCAUUGAUCGGACACCUCCACCUCUUUGGGAGGAAACCCCAUCUCUCUCUCCUUGCACUGUCCAACAAGUAUGGACCGAUCUUCUCUCUCCGGCUGGGAAUGGUGCCAUCCGUGGUGGUCGCGAGCGCCCAUCUGGCCAAGGAGCUCUUCAAAACCCAGGACGUUACAUUCUCUUCCAGGCCGUAUUUCAUGCCAGGGGAGUAUAGCUUCUACAACUUCCUUGACAUGGGAUUUGCGCCUUACGGCGAUUACUGGAAGAACAUGCGGAAGCUGUGUGCCACGGAGCUCUUCACAAUCAGGCGCAUCGAUUCUUUCUUGUGGGUACGAACAGAGGAGCUCCGUGAGAUGCUAUCCGCGCUCUUGGAUUCUUCUCUGGAUUGCAAGCCCGUCAACAUGAGAGACAUGGUCACGACAUGCCUGUUCAAUGUGGUCACCCGGAUCUUGAUGAGCAAGAGGUUCUACACGUUUGUGGGAGAUGAGGCAACGAUGGAUGACGAUGCCCGGGAGUUUAAGAGCCUCCUGCUGUCCAUCACAGACCAGGCGCUCGAUUUUCACAUCAGCGAGUUUGUCCCGCCGUGGCUUAGAGGCAUCGACUGGAAGAUCCCGCGGCUCAAGAAGCUGCAGGCAAAGAUUGAUAGUUUCUUGCAGAAGAUAGUCGACGAGCACAAGCUUGGUGUCGAUAGCGGCAAGGAGGACUUUAUGCACAUCAUGCUCGAGUACCUCAAGGAUGAACCAUAUUGCGAGGACAGUGUCAAGGCCAAUAGCAUGGAGCUUAUAUCUGGUGGAACAGACACAAGUGCCGCCGUGAUCGAGUGGGCGAUCCUGGAGCUUCUUCACCACCCGGAGAUGCUACGAAAAGCUCAAGAGGAGAUGGACGUGGUGGUGGGGAAUUCUCGCCUGGUCGGAGAAGCCGACAUUGCGCAGCUCCAGUAUAUGCAAGCAGUGAUCAAGGAAACCUUCCGCCUCCAUCCUCCAAUUCCUCUUCUACCUCGCAUGGCAUCUCACGACUGCAAGCUGGGAGGAUUUGAUGUUCCAAAGGGCGCAACCACGUUCUUGCACGUCUACGCCAUUGGAAGGGAUCCAGCCGUGUGGGACGAACCAUUGAAGUUCAUGCCGGAGAGGUUCUUGGGGAAUUCCUUGGAUGUCAAGGGCCAGGACUAUGAGCUGCUUCCAUUUGGCUCUGGUCGCAGGGGUUGUCCGGGGAUGAUACUGGGAUUACGAACGGUGCAGCUUCUGGUAUCCAACUUGAUUCACAGCUUCGAUUGGAGCUUUGCGGGGGAGAGGGGAGGAGAAGCAUUUCCUCUGGAAGAACGAGAUACUGCUGGGACUGUUAUUUGGACCAAGACUCCGCUCCAAGUCGUGGCCACUCCAAGACUUAGGAAGGAGGUACUGCUAGGCUGAUUGCGAUUUCAUGAAAUGGGCUUGCAAAUAUGUCCUCGUUAUUUAAAAAUUUCUUUUCAUAAACUGUU